UUGCUCACGACGUAAUGUAAUAAGUGUUGUUGAGUAUAAACUGCUCGCAAUAAUCGCUAAUCACUAGUAGUGUUCUGGUUUCUCCCGGUUGACAUCACAGUAGCAAGAUGAAUAUGAAAAUCCUUCUUCUUUUAAUUGUCAUUUCUGUAGUCUUGGUCCAGUUCGCAGACUCUGCUUACCGUGGAAGAGGUGGAGGUCGAAGUCGAGGUGGUGGUUUCAGACGUUCUUCAUCGACCAGAACUUCUAGAUCGAGAACCAGACGUUCUUUUAGUCCGCCUGGUUCAUCCCGAGUCUACAAGAACACUCCAAUUCCUGUCUACACUUCCAAGUCCCCGGUCAUUAUCCCACAAACCAAGCUCGGAUCUCGCUCGAAUCUCGGUCGAAAUGUUUUCUUUGGUUACAUGUUCUAUCGCUAUGGUUUGAUGGGAGCUCCUGUUUAUCGUCGUAGAUACCCUAUUCACCGUAGCACAGUAGAGAUCCCAGAUGAACGAGCUAUUAGAGUCAACUUCACCAAGGAGAUCAUGUUGGAUUCUAAUGGAACAAUCUGUUUGAAUUCAACCAAAAAUUACACUAUAGCACCGGACAAGAACGAGCGAGUCAGAUUGAAACAAGAAUUCAUUGUAUCAGUGACUUUGAAAAAUUCCACAGAAUUUUACUCAAAUAACCGCUAUCGCGAUUAA